CUAAUAGUAUUAUUAUAUGAUCCAUGAAACUGAAAGUUGAAAACCAGCAACAAGCUUUGGGGAGAUGUGGCUAAGAGGCUUCAGCAGCGUUCCGAUCAAGGAGAAGAAGAAGUGGGACGCGCUGGUCAUCGGCGCCGGCCACAACGGCUUGAUAGCCGCCACUUACCUGGCGCGCGGCGGCCUAACGGUGGCUGUUCUCGAGCGACGCCACGUCAUCGGCGGCGCAGCCGUGACGGAGGAGAUCAUCCCUGGCUUCAAGUUCUCUCGCUGCAGCUACCUCCAAAGCCUCCUCCGCCCCUCCAUCGUUAGAGAAUUAGAGUUGGUGAAACAUGGGCUGAAGUUGUUGAAGCCACUGUGUACAUCGUUUACACCUUGUCUUGAUGGGCGUUAUCUUCUGCUGUGGCCAAACGACGACCAGAAUUAUUUGGAGAUUUCAAAGUUCUCUAAACGAGACGCAGAUGCUUAUCCCAGAUAUGAAAGUCAACUGCAUAAGUUCUGUAAAUUCAUGGAUUUUCUUUUGGAAUCACAUGCCCCUGAAACUCUGCAUGGGGAUUCAUAUUUGAUUGAUUGGCUGAGGGAUAAGUUGCACAAAUCAGUUUUCUGGACCCGUUGUCUACAGCAUGCUCUUUCCCUAGGGCAAAAAGAUCUGGUGGACUUUAUGGACCUUUUACUUUCCCCAACGUCAAAGGUUCUGAAUAUGUGGUUUGAGUCAGAUGUGGUGAAGGCAACACUUGCAGCAGAUUCUAUUAUUGGAACUAUGGCAAGUAUCCAUACACCUGGGAGUGGAUAUGUUCUGCUACAUCAUGUUAUGGGUGAAACCGAUGGUGAACGAAAUAUUUGGUCGCACGUUGAAGGUGGGAUGGGUUCUGUGUCUUUGGCCAUUAGUAAGGCUGCUAAAGAAGCUGGUGUUCAUAUUCUAACCAAUGCGGAGGUUUCAAAAUUGAUGAUUGGAGACUCCGGCAUAGUAAACGGGGUGUUGCUGACUGAUGGGGAACAAUUUUGUUCUUCAAUUAUUUUGUCAAAUGCAACCCCUUACAAGACUUUCAUGGAGUUGGUCCCUCAAAAUUUUCUUCCUGAUGGUUUUGUACGAGCUAUCAAGAACUCUGAUUAUAGAUCUGGAACAACAAAAAUUAACGUAGCCGUUGAUAAAUUGCCUCAGUUCAAGUCUUGCAGAUUGAAUUAUCCAGAGGUGGGUCCUCAGCAUACAGCCACCAUUCGCAUUGGUUCAGAAAGUAUGGAGCAGAUUGGUGCAGCAUGUCAAGAUGCUUGGAAUGGUUUACCAUCACGAACGCCUGUAAUGGAAAUGACAAUUCCUUCUUCAUUGGACAAGACCUUAUCCCCACCUGGUAAGCAUGUCGUUGGCUUGUUUACACAAUACACACCUUAUAAACCCUUGGAUGGUAGCUGGGAAGAUCCCAUAUAUAGAGAAUCAUAUGCACAAAGAUGCUUCAACUUGAUUGAUGAAUAUGCUCCUGGCUUCAGCUCAUCAGUCAUCGGCUAUGACAUGCUAACACCACCAGAUCUUGAAAGAGAAUUCAGUCUGACAGGGGGGAAUAUUUUUCACGGUGCUAUGGGUCUGGAUUCACUCUUCUUGAUGCGACCCAUUAAAGGAUGGUCAGAUCAUAGGACACCAAUUAGAGGGCUGUAUAUGUGUGGAAGUGGAUCACAUCCUGGAGGUGGCGUAAUGGGUGCACCUGGCCGUAAUGCUGCACAUGUUGUUCUUCAGGAUGUUAAGAAGCGUUCUCGUUAGAAGUUCUUAUAUACUUUACUGAUCUCUCUAUGGUUAUGGUUGCUUGCUGUUAAUUGUAACAAAACCUUCAGUUAGAAUGAAAAUUUCAUGGUUUUUUCCUUGAA